GUACUCCCUUUCAGCUGAUCCCAGUCGAAACCAGUGCAGCCUGAGAUAAUGGGGGAGGACCGGAGGAGGAAACCCCAGCCAUCUGAUUGGUUCUCCUCCUAGGUAACAUUUGAUCGACUUUCUGGUUUGACAACAUUCUUGGUAUUUUACCACGGAUGGCGGACUGCUAGGAUUAAUCAAGCGAUCGUCACGUUACCUGGAUGAAUAUCGGAUACACCUGUACACCUGUAAACUACACCACUGCAUCCUGGCCAGAGUUAAACGAUCGUCCAACCUGGAAGACGAACCGCUUUGUUCAAUUACAGGUGAUUAAAACGCUUCACCUUGAGGCGACUUCCUCGCCUGUUGGUUUUGGACCAUCCAGAUCCCACCCGGUCAGGGCUGUGUUCUUCUUUCUUUAUAAAGGUGUUUUUCGCAGUCGAAAAAUAGUACAGUUCGGCUGCUGAUCCAGACGAUGACAGUUUGAAUAAUCGAAAAAAAACGAUAUUUCCCCACAUUUUUGGCCAAUUCCGAUAAUCCGGCCUCACUUGAUCUACAUAACAUCAGAGAUCAGGAACCACACCUUUUUGAUAGUGUAGGCCUAUUUUGUAAACGGUUCAACCUGCACCUGUUAUAGGAGAAUGAACACGUUCCUCGUUGUUUUGGUGGCAACAGGUCUGAGGUCAUGCCUCUCUCAAGUGUGUGGCCGAGCCCCCCCGGAGAACCGCAUCGUGGGAGGAAGUGAUGCGGUGGAGGGGGCGUGGCCGUGGCAGGUGGACAUCCAGCAGGGGGCCAACGGACACGUAUGCGGGGGCUCGCUCAUCGCCGCCGACUGGGUGCUCUCGGCCGCCCACUGCUUCCCAACUCCGUCGGACGUGUCGGAGUACCGGCUGUACGUGGGCCGGUACCAGCUCAACGGCCUCAACCGGUUCGAGACGGUGCGGCGGGUGUCGCGCGUGCUGGUGGCGUCGGGCUACGAGAGCCCCGAGAGGGGCAGCGACCUGGCCCUGGUGCAGCUGGACGGGCCGGUGGAGUGGAGCGAGUACGUGAGGCCCGUGUGCCUGCCGGACUCCGGGGUGCGGUUCCCCGGGGGCCGCCCCUGCUACGUCACCGGCUGGGGCCACAUCCGGCAAGGAGUUAGUCUGCCGGGGGUGGGGACUCUGCAGGAAGUGAUGGUGCCAAUUAUCGAUCAGACUUCCUGCCGCACGAUGUACAGCGUAGACGCUGAUGGCACCGACGACGUGGACAUCCUAUCGGACAUGAUCUGCGCUGGCUACCAGGAGGGCGGCAAGGACUCCUGUCAGGGGGACUCUGGAGGUCCGCUGGUCUGUCCCAUGGGCAACGACACCUGGAUCCAGGCGGGGGUGGUGAGCUUCGGCCUGGGCUGCGCCGAGCCCAACCGCCCCGGCGUGUACGCCAAGGUGUCCGCGUUCGCCGACUUCAUCCGGGCCACCGUCCCGGAGGUCCAGUUGAUCGCCGCGGGCUGGAGGAGCACCGCGGCGCUGGCCCUGGUCCUCGCUCCCAGCCUGGCCUGCCUGCUGCUGCUGAGCUGAGCUGAGCUGAGCUGAGCCGCAGAGAAGAGGUCGGGCUUGGUUUAACUCAAAGCUCUGCGUUGUACCGGAUCACUACUACCUCUGAGGAUGUUUUUUUAUGCAUGUUUUUAUAAAGAGGUAAUCGUUAACGAGUAAUCAUGAGUUGAAGGAAUCGAUGAACGUGAAUGUGGUGAAGGCACGUUAAAGGUCCUACCUUCUCUUUUGUCCUGGCCCAGGGCAGAGGGAAGUGUGCCUCCUGGUGGGUCGAUGUGUUUAGCAGUGGGAAGUGGCAUGUUAUACCUAGUACAGCUAUGGGUGGGGGUUGUGCAAGGUAAGCUAAAUUGUACAUACUAACACAUUAAGCUAGUUCAGCAUUUGUGCAAAGUCAGCGUGUCCCACAGAACUGAACUGUGACUGCCAUGACCGUAUGUGUACAGUAUCGACUACGCUCCGAGCUGCCAGGUGUAAACAUGUGUACAUCCCACACUACUUUUAUUAAGCUUCAGACCACAUCUACUGGGGAAUUGCAGUUAAACGUAUAAGAGGAGUCGGUGCAUAUCAUGAUUCAGUGUCAAAUCUUUUCUUAGUUGAGACUUGUGGUGGAACUGAAGUGGCUGAGGUUUAUAGUGGUCGUAAAUUACGUUUGAUUUCCAAACAUUUCAUUUUUAUUUACUCCAAUUGUAUCGCCCAAUUUGGAGAAUACUUGUAUACGUUCAAACUUUUCUUCAGGUUAAUAAUUUUGAUAGAGGGAGCAUUCGUGACAAUGUGUUUGCAUUAUUAUGUGCUGUUGUAUUUUGGUAUUGGGUGGAUUUGUAGGAAGUUGGGCUAAACUGAUGAUUGACACCACAUGCAACACUUAAUCUCAGAGACGGUGGGUGAAGCUUUAUUAUUGCUCCCAUGAUUGACUGACUAACUACUGACUCAAAUGGCCGCAGAUAUGCAGCAAGCUUUAAUAGCACUCCUAAAAAAAGGAUAUUAUUGAUCGGUUAUCAGGACCAAAACCAGUGAUUAUAUUUCUUUCUUUUUUUCCACAUUUGUGAUUUAUGGUCCUAUAGACAAAUAUGUACUAUAUUCUCUCUAACCUUGUUUCACCAAAUUUGCUAGCAUUUUAUAUCAUGUGGUCAUAUUUUGUAUGUUGAGUGAUUUUUAUUUUAUUUGUAUAUGCAUUUCAUUGAAUAUGUAGCAGCCUUUGCAGAUGCUGUGAAAAAAAAUAGAUUUUGGCGACAACUGAGUUUUGAGUAACAAGACUGCCAUCCAGGGAGGACUGUCCACUUGCCAGAUGAAUGGACAAUGAUAUAGAAAUACUUUUUAUUUCAUUUAUAUCCCUUUGUGCCAUGCAGGUGCCUUUUUAAUAAACAAUAUUAAACAUGUUCUGUCAGUAUUGUUUCUCUGUGUUC